AUGAAGCCAACAGCACUGGCGCUGAGGCUGCUGUACCUGGCAUGGCUGUGGCCCACCACCCUGCUCAGCGAAAGCCAGUUUCCCAGCCGCCGCAAACACAAGGACGUCUAUCUGGGCGAGAACACACGGCAUAAACACGGAGGCCGAAUAGACUUUAAAAUGAAGAAGUCUGACAGCACCAAGUCUCUGCUGAUUAAAUCAGAGCAGCUUCUGCGCAUCGAUGACCACGACUUUGCCAUGAGGCCCGGCUUUGGAGGGUCGGCGAUUCCUGUGGGCAUUGAUGUGCAGGUGGAAAGCAUUGACAGUAUCUCAGAAGUCAACAUGGACUUCACCAUGACGCUGUAUCUGAGACAUUACUGGCAGGACGACCGACUGGCCUUCCCAUCCAGCAGCAACAAGAGCCGGACGUUUGAUUCACGGCUGGUGAAGAAAAUCUGGGUGCCUGACGUCUUCUUCGUUCAUUCCAAGCGCUCUUUCAUUCACGACACCACCAUGGAGAACAUCAUGCUGAGAGUGUAUCCAGACGGCAACAUUCUCUACAGUGUCAGAAUCACCGUGACCGCUUUGUGCUCCAUGGACUUCAGUAGUUUUCCUUUAGACACACAGAACUGUUCCCUGGAGCUGGAGAGUUACGCAUACAAUGAAAACGACCUCAUGCUCUACUGGAAGAAUGGGAACGAUUCAUUAAGGACUGACGAGAUCGUACUCUCGCAGUUUUUUAUUGAAGAAUUCCAACCUUCCUACGGGCUAGCCUUCUACAGCAGUACGGGCUGGUAUAACAGACUCUACAUCAACUUCAUCCUCAGGAGGCACAUUUUUUUCUUCAUGCUGCAGACGUACUUUCCCACCAUGCUCAUGGUCAUGCUGUCUUGGGUCUCCUUCUGGAUCGACAGGAGGGCCGUCCCAGCCAGAGUCUCCUUAGGCAUCACCACCGUGUUGACCAUGUCCACCAUCAUCACGGGCGUCUCAGCAUCCAUGCCUCAGGUGUCCUAUGUGAAGGCGGUGGACAUUUACCUGUGGGCGAGCUUCCUGUUCGUCUUCUUGUCCGUCAUUGAAUAUGCUGCCGUGAACUACUUCACCACCGUGGAGGAGAUGAAGAAGCUCAAGAGGGGAAAGCUACCAGUGUCUUAUGAUGCAACCCAGGCUAUGGCAUAUGACGGCUGUUUCCAUGACAACGAGCUUGAUCUCUCACCUUUCCCGGAGCUGCCGACCACUCCCAGCACUGAGCAGGCCGCCCCGCCCAGAAACUCGUCUGCUGAGCCGCCGCCCACCGAGGGCACCAGGCUCUGGAGGAAACGCUCCGUUCGUCACAACAUCAACUUCAUCAUGAGUAACAGCUACAUGAUCGACUCGUACUCUCGCAUCAUCUUCCCUGUGGCCUACCUGCUGUUCAACAUCAUCUACUGGUCCCUGUACUCCUGAUCAGCUGAUGUCUCCAGGAUAUUAUGUUGCACAAGAUGAUUAGUUUUAUAAGGCUGUAUGUAUGGUAACCUGACAGGACCUGCCAGCACAAAUCAGCACUGAUCUGCUGCUCAAACAAACUUAACGAAGCACUGAAUUACGUUCGGCCUGGCACGGACAGCAAGAGUCGACCAUGCUGGUGAGAUUAAUAGUGUGUGUGAAUUUCUGGAGUCUUCUUUGGACACGAACAGUACAUCUAGUGCUUUGUCACUGCUGCAGAUUGUAAGGAAUGUUGUUUACAGUGGUGGUGGUUGUUUUUUAAUUCAUGCGUGUGCAUAUUUUUACUUGUUUAUUACAGAAAUAAUCCUAUAGUUUAUGUGGAUGCAUCAACGAAUCUAAGGCUGAACUGAUUUUAUAUCUAUUGGUGUGUGUUGGUGCUUAGAAGGGGCUGUGAGAAGAGUGUGUGGUGUCUGUGUGUGGAG